GUCACUCACAUCCAAACUGACGUGGAGCAGGAGAUCCCAGACCCCCAGACAACGAAAGAUUCCUCCCAACACCCGUCUGCAUCCCAAUAAUUGUUACAUCAUCACCGUGUUUUGCAAACAAAGACUGACUCAGUCAAGGGUCAGGGUUACAACAUAAGACAAAGGUUUUAAGAUCAUAUCUGCAGGCAUUCAAUAACGAUCCCCAACUGUAAACACAGUACAGUCUCCAUUUAGUUAUAAGUGACAGGAAGCAGUUAUAUUAACAGCAUUGUAUUAUGUGUGAAGAAAAAAAGUGAAACUGAUGGACACAGUGACCUCAGGAGCGUAACCCAGCUCUGACACAACACCUGCCUGAAACAUGACAGAGGAAACAAAACUGUUUACACUGCAGAUACAAGAACAAGUGGAGGAGCUUGAUCCAGUGUCCUGCUUUUGCCACCAGCUUGUAGGCCUGAGGCAGUUAGGAUCACGAGGUCAGGAAUCUUGCGUGUGUGUAAGUGUGUUAUGAGCCUAAUGCAAAAUGUAUUUACGUCAGAUUUGAACGCUGGGACGAAGUGAAACAAAUACCUGUGUACUUCUGUAUUAAUCUAGAUGUUGAGAUCCCUGUGGACCCGCACAUCUCUACAACCUUAACUGUAUCAGAUCCAGUGGCAGCCAAAUGUAUUUAUGUGCCGUAUUUACAUAAACAAAGGUUUACAAUUAGAGGCAUUCCAACCGCUGUGUAGGAGUCAGUUCAAUGAGAUUAUUGAGGUAAAACCCAAAGGUCACAAUGAGUCUCUUUCAUCAAUGGGAUUAAAUUUACAUAUAAUUAUGAUGAGAUGAGAUGUGGUGGCAGUGAAUAAUGUGAGUCUCAUAUUAAGCAAUUGGGCUUUUUAAUUGUUGUUAAGCGAAUUAAAUAAAGCUUUGGGGGGAGUUUCUUUUAUAAAAAAUUACAAUUAUAUAUAAUUGUUUUUUAACUCAGGAACUUUAACAGCAGAGUUAUGUCUUUAUGUGAAAAUAUUACAAGAACUUGUUUUAUCUUAUAACAGAAAUAAUAACCCCGAUGCAGGAGCCCCGUGUUAUCAUAUAGGGGCCACCUUGUGGUAAAACACAGUGCUGUCAUCUUCCAGAUUAAGAGUCACGUCAGGGCUCAAAUGAACGAGCUACAUUUGAGGGAAAGAAAAAAUCCAAACAUACAGUGGAUUAUGACCAUUUCGGAAGUCUUUUUUUCCCCGUGAUAAUAAAUAGGGACGUCUCUGCGCAGCCUAUCGGAUUCCGGGAUGCAAUACGCAUCCAAAUGAAAAGAACGCCAGUCCUUUCGCUAAUCCUUGUCUAUCCUUUUUAUCUCGGGACUCAUAGCAGUCUCAUCACUAUGGGACAGCGAAGCGGCGGGGCAAAGCCAUGCGGAUGAUAUUCGUGUAAAUGAAAGAAAAAAACAGCUCUCUUUGAAUUUAGUCGGCGCAAACGGGGCGCAUGUAGGCAAGCUGCGUAUGCGUAAAAGAGGGCCAAAAUGUUCUUCGUCUUCCUCCUGGUCCUCUACGUGGCCACAGGUGAACUCGUGUCUCCGGUGGGCUCCUGCCCGUCGCAGUGCAGCUGUUUUUACCACAACCUGAGUGACGGAUCGAAGACCAGGAGCGUGAUUUGCAAUGAUCCUGAGAUAUCGCUCGUGCCUGUCGGGUUCCCUGUUGACACGUCCAAAUUGCGGAUAGAGAAAACAGUCAUACAGCGGAUACCUAGCGACGCCUUGAACUACCUCUCCAGUCUGGAAUUCCUGUGGAUGUCUUUCAACACGCUGUCCGACCUGAGCCCGGGCAGUUUCCGGGGGCUGUUCAACCUGGAAGAGCUUCGUCUGGACGGGAAUGCGCUCACCACGUUUCCCUGGGAGUCCCUCACGGAUAUGCCCAGCCUCAGACUGCUCGAUUUGCACAACAACCAGCUCACCUCUCUGCCCGCGGAAGCCACCAUUUACAUCAAGAACCUCACCUACCUGGAUUUGUCCAGCAACAGUCUCUUGACUUUGCCGGCGGAGGUGCUCUCCACCUGGCUGGCGGCGAAACCGGUGCAAGGGCCAGAGAGUUCCAAGAUGAUACUCGGUCUCCACGACAACCCCUGGGUGUGCGACUGUCGCCUCUACGACCUGGUCCAGUUCCAGAAGUCUCCCACCCUUUCAGUGGCGUUCAUUGACACGAGGCUCCGAUGUUCAGCUCCAGAGAGCGUGUCCGGAGUCUUGUUCAGCGACGCAGAGCUGCGGCGCUGUCAGCUGCCGCGCAUCCACACGGCCGUGGCCCGCGUCAGGAGCGCUGUGGGAAACAACGUGCUGCUUCGCUGUGGGACCAUCGGCGUCCCCAUCCCAGACCUGACGUGGCGCAGGGCAGAUGGACGGGCUGUGAAUGGAACAGUUCAGCAGGAGACAUCAAAGGAUGGAAUCACCUGGUCUAUUCUCAGCGUUCCAGCUGUGUCCUAUCGUGAUUCAGGAAAGUACAUUUGCAAGGCCACUAACUACGCCGGGAACGCAGAGGCCGUCAUCUCUCUCGUCAUCUCCAACUCGUCGAAAGCCGACUGGAACCAGACAAACAGUGACAAGAAACCCAAAGUCAAGAAACCGAGCCAGAUGGGCAAAGCUGCUUACCAGGAGAAACUGGUGGCCAGAUACGUGGCUCCCACAUCUACCUCUUCAUCCCCGCCUGCCCUGGAUCCUGGCCUCCCACCCAGUCCUAAUUCUGACCCCGAACUCGCCAGUUACAGUCUGGCUGACAGAGCCACUCCCGUCCCUGUCACCACCUCCAACCCAGAUGUGCUGCUGGAUCUGGAGAAGACAAACUUGAGCAACUUGGCGGCCAACACCUCAUCGCUGCAGCAGGACCCUGACAGGGUGGUCCGCUCAGUAAAGGUCGUGGGGGACACAGACAAUACGAUUUCCCUGAACUGGAGAGCCCCUAAAGCCAAGAACACAACAGCAUUCAGUGUGCUGUACGCUGUGUUUGGAGAGAGGGACAUGAGGAAGAUUAACGUCGGUGCGGGGCAGACGCGUGUAACCAUUGAAGGCCUGGUGCCCAGGACCAAGUACAUUGCCUGUGUGUGCGUGAGGGGGCUCAUCCCCAAGAAGGAGCAGUGUGUCAUCUUUUCCACGGAUGAAGCAGCCAGCGCAACUGGCACCCAGAGGCUGAUCAAUGUCAUUGUGAUCACAGUGGCCUGUGUCAUCGCGGUUCCCCUCACCGUCAUAGUGUGCUGUGGGGCGCUGAAGAGACGCAUAAAGAAGUACUGGGGGAAGAAAACCAAGGACAUCCAAGACUCCUAUGUGACCUUUGAAACUCUGUCACCAGGAACGAAAGCCAAAGGGCUCGAGGGUGAGUAUUUAAACAGACUGAACCCAGAAGAGUCCAACAGACUGCUGUCGGCCCGCUCCAGCCUGGACUCCGAGGCCACGGCUAAGAUAGAGGGACAGCCCAACGAGUACUUCUGCUGACAUCAUGCUCCAGCUCCGGCUCCUGCUCCACGCCACCUUCCUCGCGCUCACCCGUACCCGCGUCCCAACUCAAACCCCGACGCCCACUCACAGCCACGUCGCCCCCCGUGUCCCCAGCCCCACCUCCACCCGCACUCGCGUCCUCACCUCUGCGCUUACUCUCGCCCUCAGCCGCGCGCCAACGUGAGCCCCCCCACCUCUCGCCCCCACACGCCCACGCGGUGGGAUUCCCCCCCGCCCGUCCCCCCGCGCUGGGUCACGCCACCCACCCCGCCACCACAGAGAGCCAACUUCUAUCAAAGGACUUUUGCACGCUGCACUAUUAUGGAAAUAUCUGUUUAGAAAAUGUGUAACAUUCUAAUCAACUUUCAGUAUAUUUGACAUUGAAACGACAAACACACUCAUGCUGUUAUGGUACGUGUAAAAGAACGUUUUUAUUACUGAGCCUGUAAGAAUAACACAUGAAAAAACAGAAAGAGCAACAAUCAUAGUAAUCCACAUACGUUUCAUGUUACUUGCAUGACAGCAGCAGCAUAGAAACCUGUGCAACCUGAUCUAAUUCAAAGGGAACUCAGCGGUAGAUGCACCAUGGUUAUAUAUAUGUUUGUGUAUGAUUUGUAUAUACUUCACUGGACGAUGUACACUUACAUAUAAAGUUAAGCCUGUGCCUCUGUAUAUAUCUGUCAUAUGUUCUCAGAAGAGAUAUACACAUAGGCAUGGUUUACACUCUGGUGAAUGGAGAUAAAGCUGGAGCUGGAGGCAAGUACAGAACUAUGACACCAUGUAAAUAGGAUGGAAAUGAGGCAGAAUGAACUGUAAAACUAUUUCUAUUCCCAACAAUGAGACACACACUGAAAUAGCUCUAUGUACCUGUUUUGUGCCACCUAGAGGCAUCAUUACCCCAAUAAAUGUAGAUCUGUUCAUUCCAAUAAAAUUAUUUGAAGGAAUUAAAUAAACUUUUAUAUCAACACACCCAGUAAGUAGUGUUUGUUCUUUUAUUAGACAUACUGCACUGGUUGCAUCGCUUUCUGGGUUUUCAUUUAUUAAAAAUCUAUACGUUACAAAUAGAAAUUGGUUGCUGUUAGUCUAUUAAGAUUUUUCUAAAGAAUGGAAUCAACAAGUCAGACAAAUUUAAGUUCCUGUCUAUGAAAGGGAUAGAAGUUGUGCUUUAUUAAUUUUUAGAAG